AUGGCAACGCCGUCGAGCCUAGCGGGACAGAAGCGUCACGCCGAUGCCCUCUUCUGCCACCCACCGAUGAAGGUAAGACGGUCAAGCUGUCACACAUCCCUACCGCCGGCGCCGCCACCACACUCGUUCUUCCUUCCUCCACCGCAGACAGAACCUGUCAAUCUCAGUAGCAAAUUGGCAGAAGCAGCGACCACUUUUGCUCCAUCUUUGACUCCACCACCAUCUCUCUCAUUGAUCCCCAAUCUACGAUCACCAGCCUCAAUCACAAACCUGUUAACGCAGCUGCUUUUCUUUGGUGGCCUACUUCCACAUCUACUGAAACUGGGUCCUCUGUUCACCCCACCCUGUCAACAGUAUUCACUACAUUCGCUCUUCGCGCCACCUUCGCAGACCCAAGCUGCCUUUCUGCCCUAA